UACCCAAUAACUUCAAAGGGUCAGAAUGGACAAAAGAAAUACCAGAUCAACCUAAAGAGUCACUCAGGACCUAUCCAUGUGCUGCUUAUAAAUAAAGAGUCCAGUUCGUCUAAGCCCGUGGUUUUUCCUGUUCCCCCACCUGAUGACCUCACACAACCUUCCUCUCAGUCCUCGACUCCAGUGACUCCACAGAAAUCCAGCACAGUAACUCAGAAUUUGCCUGAACAGCAUGUCUCUGAAAGAAGCCAGAGUCUUCAGCAGACACUGGCUACAGACAUAUCUUCAGCAGGAUCUAUUAGUGGAGAUAUCAUUGAUGAGUUAAUAAUGUCUUCUGAUGUAUUUCCUCUCCUGCGGCUUUCUCCUACCCCAGCAGAUGACUACAACUUUAAUUUAGAUGAUAAUGAAGGAGUUUGUGAUCUGUUUGAUGUCCAGAUACUAAAUUAUUAGAUUCCAUGGAAACUUGGGACUGUUAUCUACCUCUAACUGUGUAACAUUUUAGAUUUCUUCAUAACCUAAGUAUUUAAAAUAAUGAAUGUAACACCUUUUUAGUUCACUGAUUCUGAAGUGUUCUUCCCUAAUACUUUCUUCUUUACUUCACAAAACUUCAACCGUAAAAACAAAGGGCUCUGAUUGCUUCAGGGGAGAAGUGAUUUAAUAUCAACCAACUUCCCCACCCCCAAGUAAUUACAUUCUGAAAUUUCAACUUUUCUUCCAUCCAAUUCUGAAUUAUUCUGUUUUUUCCUCUUAUGAGAGGAAAGUUAAAGUAGACUUCAGGUCAUCAAAAACAGAAAAAGAUGGCCAAGGGCUCAUCACUUGUUUAUCUUAUAUUUUCACUGCCAUGAAACUAUCUAUUUCUGUAUGUCCUUCAAACAGACAUUCACUGCCACUUAUAAAGUGAAGGAUGUAAACAAGGAUAUAUAACUGUUUCAGUGAACAGAUUUUGUGAAGUGCCUUCUGUUUUAGCACUUUAAGUUUAUCACAUGUUGACUUCUGACAUUCCACUUUCCUAGGUUAUAGGAAAGAUCUGUCUAUGUAGUUUGUUUUUAAAAUGUGCCAAUGCCUGUACAUUAACAAGAUUUUUAAAAAUAAAAUUGUACAAAACAUU